AUCAUAGAAUUUUCCAAAAUGCACGAUUAAUUUCAGUUUACUCAAUGUGGGUUUGCAAUUUACCUUUUUUCUGAAAAUUCCACUAUCCAGAGUGCCCAGUGAAACUUUUCCGAAGAAUAAAAAAGUUUUACAACAAUCAAAAAACAACAAACGGAUGAAAAAAGUUUCGAACGCAUAAGACAAUAUUUUUUUCUACUUGAAAAAACUAUUAAUACUCCAUGUCUUCGGAAAAAAUAUGUGCAGUUCCUGAAUGUGGUGUGAAAGUGCCUAGCUCUGGUGUGAGAUGGUUCAGUAUUCCCGACAGUACUUCCUUGAUUUCAUCUGUUGUAAGUGGUAAAACUGUUUACUUCAGUAGACGUAGACUCUGGUUGAAUAGUUUGGGUCUUGAUGAUGCAUUUUUGGAAAAGGAUGCUGUUGUCUGUGCGUUACAUUUUGGGGAUCAAGAUUUUGAGGAUCCGGAAGGAGGUAAGGCGUCUUUGAAAGAAAAUGCUGUGCCUUCCCAAAAUUUGCCUGCAAAAGUUGAUACAGAUGCUGAUGUUUUCAAAAUUGGUGACAACGAAAGCCAGAGCACAAACUGUAACGAAAACGAAAUAGAAACAGUGGAGAAAAGUGAUGACGACGAUGAUGAUAUUGAAAUUAUAGAACCUCAUAGGGAAAUUAUCACAUUGGAUGAUGAUGAUUGUGAUGAUGAUAACGGCCCUAAUAAGGUUGCUUCAGGAGAAAACGUUUCAACCAAUAAUACCAUUCCUACGAUAGUUAACGAGAAAAUUCGUUUGUUACCUCCAUCUAAUUUAACCAUUGAAAAGGAGAAAGAGAGCAGUCCUGUGAAGAAAAAGACUCUUUUGCCGAAAGUGAGGGUCAUCCUCAGUGAAAAUAAAUCCCCGUCUACUAACAGUAAAAGGGUAGAUGAACCCCAAGUUGUAAAUCAAGAUAAGACACCAAACAAAGACCCCAGUAAACAAAACGGGAAAAAAAUAUCCGGAAUCAUAACAGCCGAGGGUAAAAGAUUCAUCGUUCAAGCUGCUACCAAAACAGGACAAUUAAAAGCGUUAUCUCCGAUACUCAUCAACGAACCUUCGACAUCGCAGAGCCCAAAAAAAUUCGUCAAAAUUCCAGACAUGAAAAAGAUCAGAGUCGGUAAACAACCACCCAUUUACAAGAUGCAAGUUUUCACGGGAAAAAAGGGGGCCCAGCUGACGGAUGCGGACGUUUCCGAAGCCUUGAAAAAACAGCUAUCCCAGCUGCUUCAACACAAAGCCGUAUUACAAGCUUCGAUGAUCAAAGAGGACAAGACGAAUGACAAAACUGUACCGAUUGUUGGUAAACCGAUUCGUGUAAUCGAAAUCCCACCGUUCACCAAAGGAAACAAGGAAGAUCGAUGUGGUCCUUCGAAAACUGACUCCCCUGGUCCCCCAUUGCAUUUAAUCCCUAACCCGAAGGAGGUACAGUCUCCCAAGCCCAAAGGGGUACAGAAAAAGAACAGUUCCACCGGGAAAAAUGACGAAGUGGGAAAAAAAGAAAGUGGAGUGGAUCCUAGCAGUGAUUUUAAGUAUGUAAAUAUCAGUGAUAUCCUAAGGAACGGGAGUGUUGAAGAGGGCCCUAAAGAAGGCCACGAUAGCAGUGAAAGUAUCGAUUUACCACCCAUCCAAGAUGAAAAUAUCUCGGAUGAUGUCCCCUUUGGUUUCUCCGACAUUUAUAACCUCAUCAAUAAGUACAUUGUAGACUUCAGUUUUGAAGUGUUGGGCACGAAAUAUGUGCUUAAGGAAUGCGGGUUACAUUUCGAACCCCAAAUUGGUGAUAAAAAGGAGAAGACAGUUGCGGUUGUUGGAAAAUCGUCCAUCUCCUGUAAAGAUCCCCUUUUAUUGAGCGGUAUGAACGUCAGUAUCGGCAUCUCCAAUAAAAACAUAGAUCCCAGGUUGUACUCGAAAAAAGUAACGCAUAAAUGCGAAAAGAUCAACAGAGUUAACGCUGUACUGGUCAAACCGAACUUGGAAAGAAUCGGGAAGAAUCAGAAAGAUUCCAACAUCGUUACAGUGUCCAACAACAAGAACUCUUUGCUUGAAAAUUGUUUAACAGGCAUCAACAAAGCUGGCGAUGUUAAAACCUAUCUAGGUAAAAACAAAUCGAAUACCAAAAACACCCAAAGGAACGCUGCUACUCCUGUGAAGCCGAAAGUUGUGGUGCAACCCUCGAAAUCGAUUAAAUCGAAAGACUCGCUGGAUUUGAAGGCAUCUAGCUCGACGAGCGUAAAAAAAACUGCCAAGAAUACCAGGGAAAGGACCACUAAGGCUGUCGUGGUGGGUAACCAGAAGGAAAAGAGCCAUAAACUGUCCGAAACGUUGGAAGACAGAAGGAAAGAGAUCAAGAAGAAACGAACUCUGAAGAUGUCCACUUCACGUUCCAGGAAAUUAUUCAAAAUGCCCGUCUCACAGAUGAACCCCGCUUUGAGGGCUUUGUCAGUCGUGGGGAGCAAGUUCAGGAAGAACAGGAGGUUGGUGAUGGACAACGAGAAGGGGAAGAAGCCCAUCGAGAGGAAAACCAUCCUGAGGCCGAUAUUGUUGGAUAAACCAGAACCAAUCCCAAAGGAAGAAAACACCAAUAAAGAAGAGGAAGAGCCAAGUGGUUCGACGAAGGAAAAAUCGAGUAAAAUAAGAACGAGAGGAGCGACUAAAGGGGUGAAAAAAGAUUAUAAAACUUUCAGUCUGUACGGAACGAUGGAAGAAACCAACAGUGUCAAAACGAAAAGGAAGAGACCGACGAAAGUCAGUCCCAGUAAAAAACUGAAAUAUUCAGAUAAAGUUGGGGAUAUUGAAAGUUUCCUCGAGGUCGUUCUUGAACCGGACAAUAAAGAUGAAAUGGAGUUGGAUACUAGUAAAAGUUAUAACACGGAUGAUACUUCGUUUUGACUAUUGUAAAUCAUCCGUUAUUUCUUGGAAUUGGUUAUCGACAGGAGGAUUAUUAUUUUAUCAUGAUUGACACGAAUUUAUACAUUAUAAAUAAUUGUUGACUUAUACACUUUUGUUGAUUUCUUUUGUAAAUACUGUCCUGUAUAGUUGCUUGAUGAGUGAAGUUUAUAUCAUAAGGAAAAUUUAUAUUUUACGUAUUUGUAAAUAGUAUUUCGGUUCGACUGUAUGAAUUUUUUUCCGUUUUAAUUUUCUACACUAUAAAUGAAAUACAUUUUUCAAGAGAU